GCGCCCUCAUAAUACUGCGAGAAUUUGAAGAGCUUGGUACCCUUUAUGGCCGACCCACCCUGACGAGAGACCCAGCUGCCAAUUGCUACCAUCCUGGUUCAAGACUCUCGGACGGAAAUCUCUCUUUCGGUCACCGGAAAAUGUCUAUUCCUCGGGCUGGUCCCGCCGACGACGAUUCCGCUAGCGACUCAGACGAAUUCCAGGCCGAUUACUACGAGCCAAUCUCCACAGAGGAAGGAGGAGAGGAUUGCUUGGUCCUUAACGAUGACGGCUACAAUCGUGGCGGAGAAGACCAUCAUGGCAUUUCUUAUCAUCAUGCAAAUGGUCAUGGCGGGAACGCCCAUGAGAACCCUAAUGGUUUCGACAACGGCGUUUCCUCGAUAGAAUCAGUAAGAGACGGAAUCUCGACGAUCGAUCUGGUUCGCGAAAACCCUGUUCGUGGGCGGGGGGAGGUAGAUCAAGACGAUCGGGAAGAAGAGGAGGAGAGAUUGAGGGCAGCUUCGGAGACGGCGAUAUUGACGGCCUUUAGAGAAGAUGAGAGCAGGAGGAGCGCCCCAUUGUCUCCUGAGAGGAGCUCGGCGGUCGUCAACGCGAUGAGGAAUAUUCGGUUUGAUGGGUUGCAACCUUCUUGGGCGGAUCAGAUCCCGGAUGACCAGUGGAUCGAUCGGCUUAGGCAGAUGCGGGGGCAAUUUGCGAAUCAGAGCUGAUAGUAAUUUUUGCUUGAUUUUGCAGUUACCAAAUCUUGUCACCCUUGUUGCUACUCAUGCUUGUUAUGCUUGUUACAGUAAUUCUGAACCCAUUUUUGUAUUUCAAGGAUUUAUUUCAAAUUAUGAGAUUUCGCAGAUGCUAUUUGGUUCA